AAAUUAAAAAAAAAUUAUUUAUAUUUUUAAUAUAUAUAUAUAUAUAUAUUUUACGAUCAUGUCAACGUUUAAUUCACUCUCUAAAACGGCAUCAACUUUUGUUUCCCCAACAUUACUUCUUAUCGGUUUCAUUUCGGUUUUACCGAUUUUGUAUAUCGCAAAUUUUUAUUGUCGUUAUAAACGUUAUCAAGCCGCUACACCAUGGUCUGUUCAAAAUAAAGUUGUUGUAAUUACUGGUGCUUCAAGUGGGAUUGGUGAAGAACUCGCUUAUGAAUUUGCUCGCCAAGGUGCAAAAUUGAUUCUCUGUGCACGUAGAGCUGAUAAAUUAUCUGAUGUAGCGGAUGUAUGUAGAGAUAAAUAUGGUGCAACACACGUAGCAAUUAAUAAGGUUGAUGUUACACGUGAAAAUGAUGUGGAUCGUUUAAUUGAAACUAUUGAAGCAUCUUAUGAUAAGAUUGAUUGUCUUGUACUUAAUGCUGGUGUAUCAAUGGGUGAAUCUUUAGAAGAUAUUGAAGAUUUUAAUAUUAUUAAAGAUAUUAUGAAUGUAAAUUAUUAUGGUAGUACUAUGCUUACUUAUUAUGCUUUACCACUUUUGAAAAAAGCUGAAAAACCUCGUAUUGUUGUUGUAUCAUCUCUUGCUUCUGUUUUACCUUUUGUUCCUAUGAGAACUGGUUAUGCUGCUUCAAAAUGUGCUUUAAGAGGUUUCUUUGAAAGUUUACAAACUGAACUUCUUAAGGAUAAUAUUUUCGUCACGAUCGCUUACCCGGGUAUUGUUAAAACUGAAAUCAACGAUAGUAGAUUAGGAAAAAAUCCAAAACAUCUUGAUUUUAAUAAAGCUAUGCCAGCUGAAGAAUGUGCUAAAGUCAUUGUUGAUGGAACUAUUAGAGCUGAUAGAGAAAUUGUUUUUACUCACCUUGGUAAAUUGGGUAAAAUACUAGAUGGUGUCUUUCCUGAUUUAUUAUUUUACGUUUCUCAAAAUUACGUUUUGAAACAAAUUAGUAUGGAUAAAAAAAUUCAAUGAAAAAUCAUCAGGAAAAAUCUCCUCAUUCUCUUGUUUUUAAUGUGAUUUAGUGAUUUAGUUAAAAAAAAAANAAAAAAAAAAAAAA